UGUUGUGUGUAGCAAAGUCCACACUUGAGUGACAUUCCCUGCUGGAACAUUGGAGGAAGCCAGGAGCGUGUGUGAUUUGGCUCAGAGCUUGGUUCAGAAGUUGCUGAAGUUUAUGUAGAGGGCUCCAUGGAAGGCCUUGGUUCGCCUUAGAAGGCUGAACGGUGGGCCCUGCUGGGUGGCCUUCAUUAUCAUCCUCACCUAGGCAUACCAUGGACAAGACACAGGAGUCGCUAACCUUGACUGUGCAUCUUCUUGCUGACACUGGGAACGGCUCGCUUCUGCAGCAGGCGCUGGACCAACUCCUGGAUUGCAUCUGCCCAGAGGUGCGUCUCUUCCUGGUAUCUGAACGGGCCAGACCAGUGAAUUACCAUGAAAGGUACCACCCCCGGAGGGCCCGUUUCCCAGGGAUGUCUGUUUCGCUCUUUCUUCAGGAAAGCCUAGGACAGGAGCGGCUGUUUCGAGUCUUGGACGUCCUACAGCAUUCACCCUGGCAGGGUUUCCCUACCCAGCAUGCACAGGGGAGCUAUCUCCCUGCCAACCAGGAAUUCUACAGCCUGCACAACCAGAUGCCAGUGUGGGGCAUAAGGCCAGUGCAUUGUGGUACUGAUAUCCUCAGAGUGACUCUGUAUUGCAGUUUUGAUAACUACGAGGAUGCCAUCAGGCUGUACGAGAUGAUCUUGCAGAGAGACGCCACCGUGCAGAAGAGCAACUUCUGUGUCUUUGUUCUCUAUGCCACCAACGACUUCAGCCUGCAGCUCUCUCUGAAGCAGCUGCCUCUGGGAAUGCCAGUGGAUCCCAAAGAGUCUUCCGUGCUGCAGUUCAAGGUUCAAGAGAUCGGCCAGCUGGUGCCUCUUCUACCAAAUCCCUGUGUUCCCAUCAGCAGCACCAGGUGGCAGACUCAGGACUAUGACGGCAAUAAGAUUCUGCUGCAGGUCCAACCGAAGCCAGGACUUGGUGUUAGAAAUGCUGAGUGCUCCUUCCUGAAUGGCAGCCUCAGCGGUGACGUGCAUCGACAGUGCUCCAGGCUGAACUCUGACUCCACACUGAGAACCUUAGAGCCACGGAGCCGGAGGAGCAGGAGCCGGAGGUUCAAAGUACAUUCUCUGGAGCUUCCACAGCCCAGUGGGACAUCGGAAAGCUCUAGCGACCCUUUCUGGAGUAGCCCUGGCCGAUCCUCCCUGGCAGAUAGCUCAGACACAGGCUUGCGGCAGUACCGCCUGUCUGUCCCCAUGGAGCCUGAGAUGCGAAUGCAUGCUCUUCAGGAAAACAGCUUCCAGAAACUCGAGGCAGAGACAAACGUUGAUACUGGCUUCACCGUCAUCAAUUCCAAACCCAGGCAAUCUUUUAUGAGAUUUCCCAGGGAUUUUCAGAGCAGUCAGCCACCAUGCUGCUUGUCUGGCUCUUCCUUCGAGGCGACCGCUUCCUCAAACCAAAGACUCUUAAAGGACAGACUCCGUCCUCUGUCACUUCCUGGUCAAAGGGACUUUGGUAUAAAGAAGAGAAUCUCAAAAUGUGCCCACCAUCUUCCUGUCCAGGGUGAAGAGAAAGAAGAAUUCUUCAUCUAGCAUAAAAUGAAUGUGUCUCUCUAAGAACAGAUAAGAUAGAAUGUUCUAGAAACGAAGCAUUGUAUUAGUUGCCCCUCUCUCUGAAAUAACUGACAAACGCAACUUAAGGAAGACUAUUUUGUCUAAUACUUCAGUGGGAAGGUCCAUUCGGGAAGUCACGGAAGCGAGAGUGAGGCAGCUGAUUAUGUACCUUUAUGGUCAGGUGGCAGAGCAGGAGGGAGUAUGCCCGGGCUUGGCUUGCCUUUUUUUGUUGUUGUUGUUGUUCCAUCUGGGACUCGGGCCCAUGGAAAGACCCACCCUCUUUCAGGGUGGGUCUUCCUUCCUCAGUUAAAUCUUUCUGGAAACACUCUUACAGAUAUACCCAGAGGUGCAUUUCCACGGUGAGUCUAAAUCUAGUUAGGUUGACAAUGAAAGUUAGAACUACAGACGCUCCAAUGUGGGUCUCUGUCUCUGUCUCUGUCUCCUUUCAUCGCCUGAUGAAGGUUACUAUUCAGGAGGAUGACUAUAUGUUUUUCUUUGGGUUCUCCUUCUUAUUUAGCUUCUCUAAGAUCACGAAUUACAGGCUCAAUGCCCUUUAUUUAUGGCUAGAAACCAAAUAUGAGUGAGUACAUCCCAUGUUCCUCUUUUUGGGUCCAAAUCAGGAGCAGAAGGAGAGAGAGCACGAACAAGGAACUCAGGACCGCGAGGGGUGCACUCACACACUGAGACAAUGGGGAUGUUCUAUCGGGAACUCACCAAGGCCAGCUGGCCUGGGUCUGAAAAAGCCUGGGUUAAAACCGGUCUCGCUGAACAUAGCGGACAAUGAGGACUACUGAGAACUCAAGAACAAUGGCAAUGGGUUUUUGAUCCUACUGCACGUAGUGGCUUUGUGGGAGCCUAGGCAGUUUGGUUGCUCACCUUACUAGACCUGGAUGGAGGUGGGUGGUCCUUGGACUUCCCACAGGUCAGGGAACUCUGAUUGCUCUUAGGGAUGACG